AUGCAUAGAAUCGCGGCUCUGAUCACCGCUACUUUGCUAGCAGGCCAAAGUACCGAGGCCCUUCCACUUACGCCUACCGGAAACCCACAUCCGGUCCCAGCAUAUUGUCCCUUUAUACAAACGAAAUUCCUUCCGUUUUACAAUUCUGGAAACCAAAAAUGGAAUGAUGCACCUACUCUCAGCAUCACGGUUAACGGCCUUCCUCUAAUCGCUACCAUGGACACCGGGUCGACUGGUAUAGUAAUCGAUUCUAAAUAUGGAUUUAACACCACCUACCUCCAGAAAAACUGCGAAAUCGGAUAUGUAUUCUAUAGUUCAUCGCACUGGUUACAAGAAGGUUAUUGGUGUACCACCGAUGUCGAUGUUGGGGGUGUGGUUACAAGCGCUUUGGCGCUUAUUCGGACGAACGAAGUUUGUUGCCCAAAGUUCUCGGAAUCAGUCGAUGGGAAUCGAUGUAAAAUUCGAGAGAAGGCGUGCGUUUGUAAAGGAACAUGCACAUCGACAGCUGAUCAAAGCGCCUUGACACGUCGUAUUCUCGAGGAGGACGAGGAGAUAUCGAAAAUUGAAGCUCGACAGAGUACGACAGCGGCAGUUGGAAAGGCUUAUAUGGGUGUUGGGUUCGCUCGAGGAAAUCCGCCAUCACACAACCUAUUCAUGAACAUCAAGUCUAUCGAUGGUGUGCCAGUCGCUGCUUCGAAAUUCAGGACUGGUUAUGUGAUCAAUUCCACCGGUGUUUGGUUGGGGAUCACGAAAGCAAAUACAGCGGGAUUCAGCGCUGUCAAGUUGAACUUGAGGGAAGGAAAUGCCGACAAUAGAGACUGGGGAGAGCCACCAUGCGAUGUCCAAAUCAACGAUGGCUCGUGGGUUACUGGAACAUUCCUCGCGGAUACUGGGAUUCCAAACGCCUAUGUUAGGGGCGAUGUCGCCCAUAAAGAAGGAAACGACAUAACUAUCAGAAUCCCAGAGCCGUCGAAUCCAUUUGGAGAGGUUAAGUUCGUCUCUGUACCGAAGGCAAAGGCUGGAACCAUUGGUACCGAAAAUCCCAUGCAACCCACUUGGGUUGGGGUCAGGUCUAUUCCUGGUGUCAAUGCAGGGCGCAAAUUCUAUAACGGGUACGAUCUUUACUUUGAUGGUGAUGGUGGUUACUUCGGUCUUCGGAAGAAGUCUAUUUAG